AUGUCAUUAUUGUCUGAUAUUUGUGUCAGAUGUAAUAAGCCUAUAAAGUCGGCUGUAACGUGUGACAAAUGUAAUAAAUCGUUCCACCCAAGCUGUGCACGUGAUUAUAUAAAAAGCAAAGUACCAACUGACUGUUGUAGAAUACGACUUAAUCACCUACUCUUGCCACUUGAUUCGAACUCAACAGUCACCAGGAGUCGUGUGGCAGCUUCGAGAUCUUAUUACCGUAACAGUAAAUCUAAAUCACAGACUGGGUCAAGGUCAAAUCUUGGGUCACCAGUAACUCCAAUUUUUCCACUCUCACCAGCAAGCGAUUCAGUCUUUUAUUCACCGAUUUCUGAUUUAAUAAUGACUAACGAUACUUCAAGGGAUCUCGAUUUGAAUGAUAACACUACAACUUCAUCAGCAAUAGUAGGUGAUUGCUCUAAAUCCUUGGAAACUUAUAACAUGGAAUCAAAUCCAACAGUGGUCGCUCAAUCUGCUCGUGUCUUGCCAGAUGGCUGGUCAAAUAUGUCGACUGAUGAUAGAUUGACAAUUCUGAUGCUGUCAAUAGCUGCUCAAUCACAAAUCAUUGCUGAAAUUCCCGGUAUUAGAAGAGACUUUAGUGUUAUGUCAUCUAAAUUUGAUGACUUUGGCAAACGUUUGGAUGAUUUACAGAAAGAGCAUACUGUAGCUAUGAAUGAGAUCACUGAUUUAAAAGCAAAUGCAAUUAAAAACGCGAAAGAUAUGGCUAAAUUUGAUUCCACGUUGGCUACAUUAGAAGAAAAAAUUGCAAUCAAUUCUGGAGUUUUGGCUUCCUUGACUUCGGAUUCACCUUCAGGGUCGUCUAUUGUAUCUGCUACUAAUACUUCGUCUGAGCUGGUCAUCUCGGGUAUCCCAGAAGCUGUAGUAGCAGCCCUAUCAGAUAAGGGUGUUGUUUCGAGAAUCUUUGAUGAACUAAAAGUGCCUCAUUUAGUACCUGAUGUGUUAAGUAUAAGGAAAUUAGAGAGGAAGUCUUCCUCAAGUCGUAGUAGAAUUAGUAGUACUAAUAAUAAGUCGAGUAUUAGGCCAGUUUUUAAUACUUUGUUACUUAAAUUAAAAUCUCCUCAAAUACGUGAUCACAUUCUUGAAUUGAAAAGAAAAAUAAAAUUAUUACCGGUAAAUAAUAUUUUCUCUACUGUGGUUGGCGAUUCAUGUAAAGGUAAUAUUUAUAUAAACGAAUUUUUACCUCCGGCUUUGUAUAAGCUACUCAUGGUCACGAGAGCUAAGGCUAAAACUUUAGAUUUUAAAUUUACUUGGGCACAACAUGGUGUUGUAUUUGUUAAAAAGGAUGAAAAUUCUGCUAAGAUUAAGAUUGUAAUAAACUUAGUUGCUGAAAUUAAACCGCACAUUGUUGCCUUAACUGAAACAUGGCUUAAACCUACUCUUAAUGAUUCUUUAUUUAAUUUGAAUAAUUAUACUAUGUUUAGAAGGGAUCGGUAUCUAACACAUCCUGACACUGGUCGAUUUUUGAAAGGUGGUGGCGUUGCCUGUUAUAUUCAUAAUUCUUUAAAAGCAAAAAUUCUUUUUACUUCAACGUCUUAUCAUAUUAAUCAACCAGAGUACUUAAUACUUGAUGUUGUCUCGUGUACUGGUGAACAUCUUUUAUUGUCAGUUAUCUAUCGGAGGCCUAAAGAUUAUCUAUUGAAUGAAUUCUUUGAGAAUCUCUCAAAGUUGAUGGCUAAUUAUAAAAAUCUUGUUAUAACAAGUGACUUGAACUGUGACUUGCUUGAUACUUCUUUUGUUUCAAAUCACUUGAAGAAUUAUAUUGCUGAAUUAUCGUUACACUGUGUCCCAUUUGAAGUUACCCAUCAUAUUGUUGAUAAAAAUUCAUGGUUAGAUGUUGUAUUAUUGGAUAAUAAGAUUAAACAAAAGUCAUAUUUCAAGUCACUUAAACCAUUUAUUAGUGGCCACGAUUAUUUAGUAUGUGAUUAUACCUUUGAUGUCUCCAAACAAGUUGACAAAUUGAUCACAUAUCGUAAAUUUUCUGAACAUAGCCAUGAUGCUCUAUCAAAUUUACUUUUGGGUGCUUUAAAAUUUUCUAAUGACUUCCUACAUAAUGCUGAUCCAAACGAUUUAGUUAGCAUUUUUCACACAAACGUACUAAAUUCCUUAGAUGAAUUUGCACCUGUAGUUUCACAUAGAUUGUCGAGACCUUCAAAUCCGUGGCUGACUAGAGAUCUUAAACAGAAGUGCAAAGAACGUGAUGCAUUAGCAAAGAGAAAAGAGUUGAAAUUAGAGUUAACGCAUGCACGUGAAAAUUAUCUAAAGACUGCCCUAUCAAACCUACCUAGUGGCACAACAGUUUGGAGUAAGCUCAGGCACCUGGGCCUAAUUAGAAAUAAAUCGUCUCCCCUUAGCUAUUUUGAUGCGUCCGAAUUAAACAAGCACUUUGCUACUAUGGUGCGUCGACAUCCUUCGUGUCAUCUAGAGUAUCUCGACUGGCUUUCAUCGUACCGUAUUCAAAUUGAUAUAGUCGAUGUAACUAAAGCCUUACAACUAACUUUGCAAAAAUCUAACGAAGCGAUCAGGCAAAUCACAGUCGACGCUCAAUCAGUUGGUGACUGGGCGUCUGAAAAUGGCCUUGAAGUAAAUCUAAGCAAAACUAAAGUUAUGAUUCUUGGUUCUAGUAAAAAUUUGUGGUUAAUGAAACAGGAGCUUUUGUCUUCUAUUGUUAUAAAUGGAACAGAAAUACCCUUUUCGGAAUCGGCAAAGUGUCUAGGACUUCAUAUUACAAAUACAUUAUCAUGGAAUUUACAUGUGUCAAAGGUACUUAAAACUGAGGAAAACAUUUAUACUUUGGAUAUUAGAAGACGGUCCGAUCGUUUAGCCAUUUUGAGAAAUGAUGUUAAUUUUAAGAUACCUAAUUUUACGACUACUCUUUAUGAGGGUGCGUUUGUUGUCACUGCUAUUCGUUUAUGGCAAAACCUACCACCUGAGAUUGUAAAUGCGUCUAGUCUUGAUUUAUUCAAUUGUAUUGCGUCUAAUCUUUGA